CCGUACUCCUGCAAGUUCCAAUCCAUUGCAUUGCGAACGUCUCCGCAGGCUCAACUUGUCUUUGUGGACAAUGUUUGUCCUUGACCUUGCAGCUCUUGACAAGCAAAGCUAACCUCAUGUCUUUGACCACCAGCAUUGACGCAUACGACACCAAGUCGCAUUCAAAAACAACCACAAGGACGAAGCACAUGGAUUCCUCACUAUACCAGCUCUGGCAGGAGUCGUCCAACGACCUCUUCCACCCAACUUUGGCCAAGGGCAACCAGACUCUCGCCGCUGCCCUUCUGCUCGCACUCGGCAUCACCUCGACCGGUCUUUUCGCUUUGAACCGCUCGUUCGUAAAUAUUAUCGCUCUUGGUGUACCAGCGUCACUGGCAUUGGCGUUCGGUGUGGUCUACUUGUUCUGCGCAGUUGGGGUGUCGCAGUCGGGUCCUGGGCUCUUUAGGGCCGUGACGAGUUCGACUCGUCCAUUACAUCAGCUUUUGAGGGCAAUCAGCUUUACAAACAAGAUCCACGUUGAAAUUUCUGAAGAUGGUAUUCGGUUCACUGCGGAGCACGUUCGCGUUAUGCAAGGCGUUGCUUCCCUGAACAAGGCCCUCUUCAGCAGUUUUGUCUUGAACCUUCCAGAGGCGGCUCCUCAAGGCGAAGAAGAUGAAGAGAACACACCCGUGCUUCCGAAUUUCCAAAUCUCCCUUCCAGCACUCAUAGAAACCCUGCAGCUUUUUGGUCUUGCGGAUGCAGCUGCUCGGCAGGCCAAGACGGAGGCGGACCCUUACCGCAGCAAUCUGAGAAAUUAUCGUCCCGACGCCUUUAGUAACCAAACCCUAGGCGUUGCGGGCACGUGCUGUCUUUCUUACUCGGAAGAGGGUGCGCCAUUCAGCAUCAACAUGGAAGAGGCUGGCGUCAACACCACUUGCAACCUGGUGACGUACCUCCCCGACGCCCCAGAGGAUAUUCCAUUUGACCGCGAGGACAUAUCGUUCAAGAUCAUCAUGCAAUCGCGCUGGCUCCUGGACGCGUUGGCCGAGCUGGCGCCCACCUCGCCCAACCGCCUGACCAUCACUGCGUCGAAACGUGAGCCUUUCCUUCGCCUGUCGGGCUCGGGGCCGCUGGGCAGCUCAAGCGUGGACUUUUCCAGGGGCAGGGACCUGCUCGAGACGUUUUCGGUGCGGGAGCGCUGGGUACAGAGCUUCAAGUUUGACAUGGUCAAGUCCGCGAGCGAGGCGAUGCGCAUCUCGAGCAAGGUCAGCCUCAGGGGUGACGGGCAGGGCGUCCUGAAUUUUCAGUUCAUGGUCGAGGUCGAGGGUGGUGGGAUGCAGUGGUUGGAAUUCCGCUUCGUGCCUUAUCUUACCAGGGAAGAUGACGAUGAGGACGACGCUGCUGCUGAGGAUGACGAGGAUGAUGAUGGCCAGGAGUGA